GCAUCAUGAAGGAGUGAAGAACAACUCAACUGGCCGCCGGAGAAACGCGUUUGAUCUGUAGUGUUUCAUGAAUUUGUUUUUGACGCUCUGUUCAGUUCCUGAAACGUCUUCAUGAGGUUGUAAAAAGGUGUCGCUCUUUGGAUCAAAAAGAAGGAGUCAUGGAAUACAUAAAAUUCCACGAUACUCACCUCUCCAUCGUCAUUUUGAUAAUUAGCAGUACCUGUCAUGCACUUCUGGACAGAUUUCUGGAGGAGAGCUUCUCUGAUCAGCUGUUCCUUCACAUGGACUUAGAGGAUUCCAGCCAAAGAAUCGACUGUGAUUUUGAGUCACCAUGCCUUUGGACUUUAUCAAACCAAAGUGAUUGGUUGGUCGUGUCACCACAGCAACCAGCAAAUGCAAAGGCUUACGUGACGCAUGUGACUGACCACUCAGUGGGAACCAGUGAGGGACACUUCCUCCUCUUGAAGACCAACCCUGCCACUGAGGAUUCUGGGAGAUGUGCAUACCACUUGACUAGUCCAGUUCUGGCAGGAAGUUCCGGACGUUGCGUCUUCCAUUUGGCUCUGUAUGAGGCCGGUCCAGCUUUGGGGAACCUAACGCUUCAGAUCAAACCAGUUCUGUCCAGUUCAGCUAUUAGCUUUGUGGUUCUCAACCAGGACAAACGCGUCGACCGCAGGGAUGAGUGGGAGGUUCUAGAGGCUGUGAUUGGCCGGAUGGAUGAGCCAUUCCAGGUGACUCUGCGCUACACCUUCUGUCAAAAAGAGGGCGCCACUGUAGCUCUGGAUUCCUUACAGUUCAGAAACUGUGACUCAGGAGGUCAUAACAACUUUGAGUUGGAUGCAGCAUGUGAAGAAUCUUUUCAGUGUGACAUCGGCGGCUGCAUCGAGCGGAGCCAAGUGUGCGAUUUCCACACCGACUGCCCUUUAGGCGAGGACGAAGGCUUCAUCUGUGAUGCUCUUCCAUUUGGGUCCCACUGCUCGUUUGAACAUGAUGCCUGUGGUUGGUCUGUAUCUGAUCGGCACUUCACCUGGAGAAGAGCUGCUGGAGACGAGGUCCUGCAGAGAGAAGACAUGCAAGGCGUCACGCUGCACAGCACACCAGGGCACUUCUUGCUCCUGCAAGUAAAGGGUAAUGAUUUGCUUCAGGAGGCAUCCAUUCAGAGUCCCUUGUUCCCUCCACCAGUCUCUGUUACUGCCUGUCAGCUCCGAUUUUCUCUAUACCUGUUUGGAAAGUAUAACGGUACGGUGAUGGUGACUGUAGAGGAAAAUGGGACUGAAUCCUCAUUGCUGGUGUGGGAGAGAAAUGGACAGUGGACAGACAACUGGCAAGAUGUUGCCCUGCAGCUGACUGGCCUUCAUCGUGGAUUCCGCAUCAAAAUCACAGCCCUGUGGGGACGAGGCUCUAGCGCUGAUGUCGCGUUUGAUGACAUUGCAUUUGGAGCCGCUUGCUUCCACACAGAUCUCAACUCUCUCAUACCGUUUGCAGACUUUGAAGAUUUUUUAACUCCCCUUCCAGAGCCUUCAGCCUCAGACAUGUCUUUGGUAACAUACUGGUUUACCUCAUGCGGUGCCAGUGGUCCUCAUGGCCCGACCCAGGCCCAGUGUGAUAAUACUUACAGGAACAGGAAUCUCAGUGUUGCCGUGGGGAAGGAAGGGCCUUUGAAAGGAGUGCAAAUGUGGAAAGUACCUGCUACUAACAGAUACCUGAUUUCCGCCUAUGGUGCUGCAGGAGGAAAAGGAGCCAAAAACCACAACAAACGCAACCAUGGCGUGUUCAUAUCUGCCAUAUUUCCUCUGGAAAAAGGGGAAAUACUUUACAUCUUGGUUGGCCACCAGGGAGAGGAUGCAUGUCCAGGGCGAAACCCUCAAACUCAGAAGAUCUGCCUGGGAGAAUCAUCAGUGAUCGAGGAUGAUCUCAGGGAUGGAGAAGCUGGACAAUGGGCUGGGGGAGGAGGUGGAGGCGGUGGUGCCACCUAUGUCUUCAAGAUGGAUGGUGGUGAGCUCGUUCCCUUGCUGAUUGCGGCAGGUGGAGGAGGAAAUGCGUACCUGGAGGAUCCGGAGUCCAGUCUGAACCAGAUGCCGCUGGAGCAGUAUGAAAACACCACCACAGCACCUAGUACCAAUGGCUGUACCGGUGCUGCAGGUGGAGGUGGAGGCUGGAAAGAUGAUACUGCUCCUUUACUUCAGGCUGGCAAGUCUCUGGGAGAGGGUGCAGAGGGGGGGUUCUCAUGUCCCUUAGCCCUGUCCAAACUGAGCUGGACCACCUUUGGAGGAUUCGGAGGGGGAGGCGGGGCUUGCACAGCUGGAGGAGGAGGAGGGGGGUAUAGAGGAGGUGAUGCAGCGAUGACUGAUGAGGUCACAGCUGACGGUCAGGACGGAAUCUCCUUCAUGCAUCAAAUGGGAGAGAUUUUCCUGCAACCGCUGGCAGCUAUGGAGAGUCACGGCGAGUGUGAGAUCAAGGUGCCGCUGAACUGCAGCCACUGCCAGACACAGACCUGCAAGCGCGAUGAAGAUACUCACCUCAUUCUCUGCCUGUGCUACGAUGAUGACGUCCUGGCCAGUGACAACGUCACCUGCAUCAACUCUGCGGAACAACCGCAAGGCCCAACGCCACAGACCCAUUUAUCACCGUCCGUGAUCCUGGCAGUUGUGGCCUCCACCUUUGCGAGUGGCAUCGCCCUGAUCUGCUUUGGCUUCAUCCUCAUGUUAUAUCGAAGGAAGAACAAUCUGCACGCAGUCAGGGGGCGUCUGCCUAGUCCAGAGUACAAGCUGAGUAAGAUCCGCUCAUCCACCAUCAUGACGGACUACAACCCCAACUACUGCUUCGCGGGGAAAGCCUUCUCCUUCAGUGAACUGAAGGAAGUGCCUCGAAAGAACAUCACACUUCUAAGAGCUCUUGGCCAUGGUGCGUUUGGUGAGGUCUAUGAAGGGCAAGUUGUGGGGAUGAGUGGCGAUAACAGCCCCAUGCAGGUGGCUAUAAAGACUCUUCCAGAAAUCUGCUCUGAGCAGGAUGAGAUGGAUUUCCUGAUGGAGGCGCUGAUUAUAAGCAAGUUCAGCCAUGAGAACAUUGUGCGGUGCAUCGGCGUCAGCCUGAACAUCCUGCCGCGGUUUAUUCUGCUGGAGCUGAUGGCUGGAGGGGACAUGAAGAGCUUCCUGAGACUAAACAGACCACGAGCUGGCCACGCCUCUUCUCUCAUCAUGUCGGAGCUGCUGCAGAUGGCCAGAGACAUUGCACACGGUUGUCGCUACCUAGAAGAGAACCACUUUAUACACAGAGACAUUGCUGCUAGAAAUUGCCUUCUUACUUGCUCUGGACCAGGCAGAGUGGCUAAGAUUGGAGACUUUGGUAUGGCCCGAGACAUAUACAGAGCCAGUUAUUACAGGAAAGGUGGCUGUGCCAUGCUGCCAGUUAAAUGGAUGCCACCUGAAGCUUUCAUGGAGGGCAUCUUCACCUGCAAGACUGACACAUGGUCGUUUGGAGUACUGCUGUGGGAGAUCUUUUCUUUGGGUUACAUGCCUUAUCCCUGUAAGACAAACCAGGAAGUACUGGAGUUUGUCACCAGUGGAGGCAGGAUGGAUCCUCCAAAGGGCUGCCCAGGACCCGUCUACCGGAUCAUGACCCAGUGUUGGCAGCAUUGCCCUGAGCACAGACCCAACUUUUCAACUAUACUGGAGAGAAUCAACUAUUGCACUCAGGACCCAGAUGUGAUCAACACACCCCUUCCUGUGGAAUAUACCCCCAUCAGUGAGGAUGAUGGCGGCCACAUAAUCCAGCCCUCUGACCACACCUCCACUGGCCUCACUCCACUCCACGUGUCCCACUCUUGUUCUCAGAACCCCUCCUCCAGGCUUGAUUUAUCGUCCCUUGGCGUGAGUCCCACCCCACCUCCACCACAGCCUACCAAACCCCGUCUGCUUGUCCAAAGACCCCCUCCUAUCCACCAGGAAGUGGUGUCAUACAGCGAGAUGUUGGAGCCAUCUUGGGCGGAGCUUGUCCCUGCUCCUGGUUUGCCGGCAGCAGGCGUGUGCACAGGAGAUUCCUGGCUCAACUCCAAGCCUCAACAUCAACAAUCUUGUUCCAGAAACAGCUCUGUUUCCUCUGGGAGCCAGAGGCUGAAGAACAAGACUAAGAACCUGUGGAACCCCACGUAUGGCUCUUGGCUAUUGGAAAACAUCAGCAGGGGAAAACAAGCACUGAGUCACACUCAGUCCAUGCCGUUCUCAAGUUCACUGACCUCAGACCCACCUCAGACCAGCAACCCAACCUCAGGAUGCAGGGAGGAUGGCUGUGAAGGCACCAGCAGCACCCAUCUCAACUCCUCCAGCCUCUGCAGUUCAGGUACAGCCUCUUCCUGCCAGGCUCAGGCUCCACAAAACCCAUCAUCUCGUAAGACCCCAGCAGUUGGCACUACCACAGUAACCCCUAAUAUGGACCUGGCUAAACUCCAGAGUUUCCCCUGUGGCAAUGUCAAUUAUGCCUACGAUGAGCAAAGCUACGAGGCAGAGAGCCUACCCUUGGUUAUGCCCAAAUCUCCAGAAGCCAUUACAAACGCUGGCUCUGCUCCGAGCGUCUCCUCAGGAACAGGCCUCCGUUCCUCUUCGUUUUGCAUGCCCAAGCUGCUGCUGAAGCGCCAUGCCAGCUACGGACACGAGGACAUGAGGAGACACACCAAAGCUGAGAAACCAACACGUGACCGUGACUCAGGCUUUUCUCUGUCUGAGGACCUCAGCGUUACUCCAAUCUAAAAUGAUCCGCUGCAGCAACUCACGCUGCUGGAUCCUGCACUUAUAGACACUGGAUUUCUGAAAUGGACAACACGACCGCACCGGCUCUGCCACGGCAGAGAAGAGUGAUGACACCACACUCAGCUCAGGCUGUGCUGGAACACAAAUCCAAGCACUCCUCCCACACUGACACAGAAGGCCAAGGCUGGACUUAAAGCCCCUUUUGGGCAUCUGGUAGCAGAACACUGAAAGACUGGAUGACAUGCAGCCAGGCCUUUUCUCACCUUCCACAUUGGUGGUGAGAGCUGCAAUAUGUAACUACUGCCCCCCCCCCCCCCCCCCCCUUGUAAUUAUUCAGAUUUGUGUGUGUGUGUGUGUGUGUGUGUGUGUGUGUGUGUGUGUCUUUUAUGUUCCAUGAAAACUUUAGUAAUAAUACAUGACACUUAUCAGGAAAAUCAGGAAAACCAACCUUCAUACUAUAUAUAACUUAUGCCUUUUAAUAUCACAGUGAAAGCAAAUUGCUUCAACCCGAUCAAAGUAGUGAUGAUUAUGCCAAAGCCAAAUCCAUGAAGACUAAGACUCCAGGCAUCUUGGUGAAAAGUUGAUUUACUAAAAGCACCAACCAGUGAAUAGGUCUGAGAAAAUUUCUGAGUCACUCACUAGCCCUUGAACUGCAGUUACAUCAGUCAUUAAGACAUGGUGCAAAUCUAGAUGAAUGAGGGAAGCCACCAAGGAACCAGUGGCAACUCUGAAUGUAGGGGUUGCAAUUAAAUAAGGCUGACAACAGCUGCAUCCUCGGUUGUUUCAGCAGUCCUACCUUUAUGGUAAAAUAUUGUUUGUAUAAAAUUUUGGCUCCAGUUUGCCAGAAGACUUGUAGGAGGCCGUGAUGUGAAAUGUCAGAAGGUUCUACGCUCUGAUAAGAACAAAACUGAACUUUUUGGCCAUUGGAUUAAACACACAUUUGCAUAUCAUCCAGCUCGGUGGUGGCAGCACAAGGAUCAAGAGGUUUGCUUGCGUACAGGGUAGCAUGAAUGCCUUCAGUUUGUUUUAUAUUUAAUGACAUCGAGAUUUGUUCAUGUUAAAAUUAUUGUAUAAAGGAGAUUCUGUUUCUUGCUUUUGAUUUGAUGCAAUAAGAAACACAGUAAUCGUGAACACUUUUUCUAGGCACUGUGUGUACAAAUACUGAGCCAGUAGGAAGAAGUCCUUUGUUCUCACUUUAAUUUCAGCAAAGACCGUAGCAUUUAUAACAAUAGCUACACCCAUGUCUUAAAUCUGCAGAAAGAAAUGAAAGAUUUGUUUAGUUGUAGUUUCAUGCAUACUUUUCUAAGAUCUUAUCUAUAGAUUAAUUAUUCUGAGUUGCUUUCACCCCUAAUAAUGUGAAAACACAUUGUUCUGAACAACAGCAAUUACAUGUGUAUUGUUGAAAACA